GGAGGAGGGGUGCACGAGGAGCUCCAAGAAGAUAAAGCAGACAAAGAAGAUGAAAGAGGAAAUAUUGAUGGGUUCAACCAGACAGAAACCGUCAACGGGACGACGAGCCGGCCCCCCCGAGACUUUCUGGAGGAUUUCCUGCACAGGUAUCUCUACUCUGAUAGGCUGAAGGUCUUCGGUCCUCUAAUCAUGGGCAUCGGGAUCUUCCUUUUCAUCUGUGCGAACGCCGUCCUGCAUGAGAACCGAGACAAGAAGACGAAGGUGAUCAACCUGCGGGACAUUUACUCCACGGUCAUCGACCUGCACAGCCUCCGAAAACCCAACGCCUCGUCCUCCGUGGUGAACCCUCUCAACGGACUCGUCAACUACGUCCAGUCCAAGAGCCUGGAGACCAAACCCAGGGCUUACCCCGCCUCGCUGAGCCGGAAGGAGGGGGGGGGAGGAGGAGGAGAAGGAGGGGGAGAUGUGAUACCGCUGUCCAAAGGGGGAGGUGAUGGAUCUCAGGAUAAUGGUGGAGGUGAGGAAGGAGACCCGGUGUUCAGUAUCUUCCAGGAUCAGCCAGCUUCUCCCCCUCUCCCCCCAUCCUCCCAUAGGCUCUCCCUCCCCCCCAGCUUCAACCCCCCCCAACUCUCCCUGCAGAAGGAGGUGCUCACCUCCUCCACCCUCCCCCUGCGCCGCCCCCGCGCCGACUCCCCCUGCAGGAGGCACUCGGAUCAGGGGGGGAGUAAGAGGGAUUACUUGAGGAGUGAGCGGGAGGUUAAUGCAUGUCCUCCCCCUCCCCUCCCUCAGAACUCAUCAGCAGCUUCCUGCAGUUCCUCAAGUCUCCACAGGGAGGUGCCAUCAGGAUCCCUGUCUCACCUCCUCCUCCCCCACGCCUCCCCACUCUGCAGGAGGCGGAGCCUGCCGAGCGGGGGGGGGUACAGUAAACUGACUCACGGCGAGGACGAGUCAUUUGAGUCUACGUCAUCGCAUCACAUGGGUCAGAGGUCGGGGGAAGUGACAUCACACAGGAAGUACUCCAACAAGGAGAAGCUGAGGAUGAUCUCACAGGAGGCGGGAUGGCCAAUCAGGAGCUGAGUCUGUGAUUGACAGCACAAGUCUUUGAUGACAUCACACCAGGAAGUGGUCUUUAUUUCUGCUGCCGGAGGAAUCACAUGUUGUAGCAAUAAGGAAGUCUUCCAGAGCGACCAAUGGCAGCUUGUUAGAAACUGACUCAGCACAUCGUCCGGUUUCAGAUGAUCAUCCACAGACAGGUUUCUUUAAGACUAACGGCGCGUGUCCAUUGGACGUGUUUCUGGACUCCUGAUUGGACAGGAUGUGUCCGGUUGUUUAAUGAGUAGUUUGCUGAAAGUGAACUUGAGGUGUAACGACCCUGAACCUGUCCUCUCUGAAGACUCGAGACCAGUUUCCAGAGACCCUGGACCGCUCUGAUCUGCAGGACGUUUUUUACAUUAUGAAGACUCCCAGAAUGCCUUGCACGGAUUUCUAACAUAGCUAAUGAGUGGGGGCCAUGUUGGACCCUGUGGACUCGAACCGGGACUCAACAAUCCUAUUGUUUUAAACAAUUUGCUUUAUGCUAAUGCAAUGCAUGCUGGGAUCAGCGCUGUGCCAGAACUGGUUUCUAUUUUGCUUUUAUAUUUAGUUUGGUUUUAUACAAACUGGUUUCAGCUGGUUCCCCGGAGGAAGGUGUUCCAGUGAUAAUCAGCAGGGGGCGCUCACAGAUCGGGACUCACUGUUUACAUCUGUGUUGACAGAAACCGGACAGUUUGUUCUCCUCUAAGCACAAUAUUAACUUUAGACACAAACAGGAGGGUUUGGACUGCAGGGAGUGAACCCUGAACCUGAACCGUGUCGGGGUUUAGACCUCUGAUGAUAAGCUGUGAAUCCCUUUACUGUCGGUCCAUCAGCACGAAACUGAUAAAUAUACUCUGAGGUUUAAAUGAGUCCAACCAGACUUCCUGUUGUUUCUUCCUGUUUCCUGUGAGUCAAACUCAGAAAUCAGAAUAAAGCACAUUAUUAACGUC